AUGCUCAUCAAAGACUGUGGAUGGGUGUACCCGCCUGAUGUGGACUUACCAUAUGUCGGUCCACAAGAAAAGGCAAGGCCUUGGGGCCAGAUCUUCGAUGAGGAAGAGAACUUCCGUGCUCCAUCCAGGAGAAUCACUCAUUUCUACCACGGUACAAUCGAAAAGAACAUGAAGUAUGGACAUCUCAUUUUCACUGAAGAGAGGAGGGAAUCCCGACAGGCCCAUCGCUGGAAUUCCUAUGUCAGGUCUGACGUUCUUCGAUCCGAGUAUUCUGAAGGUCAUUGGAUCAUGUCGGGCGAUACCAGGAAGUGCUGGGAUCAGCGUAUGAAUGACAAGAAGGCUGCAACUGCCAAGAAGCGUGAUCUGUGGGAAGAGUCCGACGAUGACGAAAAAGUAGUUGAGUGUGCGUGCAUCAGUACAUUUAUUUACAAAGAUUGCAUCGCCAAACAGUACACUGUCGACAUGAUUGACAAGGAUGCAGUGAUCCAAGCCUUCUCACCUUUUUGCAAGCACCCGCACAUCAUGGAUCCCAGCAUGGAUUGGGAAGAGUUGGCGGACAAAACCAAAAGGUGGUGUUGCUACCAACACUACCAUAGCAACUUCUUUCGUUCGUCGAAAGGUGAGUGUUCUCCUCUUCCGUGGUGUGUCGAGAAGUACAUCAAGCAGUGCUACGGUGGAGCCAGUGCCCUCUACACCGGUUUCAAGACAAAGAGGCAGAGAGCGGCCGAGAGGUACACCGGCAAGAAGGCCAAGAAGUUGACCAUGGUGGAAUCGAAGAGUGCAAAUAAGAAAGCUUUUUCGAAAUCGAAAGGAAAGGAAAAUGAGGUCAGUUCCAGUUCCGAUUCGGAGUAG